UAACAGACAGAGAGAAAAAGGGAGUCUGGAAAAAAGAAAAAAGAAAAGCGAGGGGUCUCGUGGCCGGUUAGAAUUCUUGCUCGAGAGAUCCGGUUAGUACUCUCCGAACUGUUGGAAGCAUUCGGCUGUGACAGUAGCCAUUUCUCACACACUCACAACACCUCGACGACGUCUAAUUUCCCCCAUCGUUUGCUAAUUUACUUCACCGUCAUCAUCAUCAUCAGCCUUUUUUCUCGUCUGCUGUGUGCCAGAGUACUUACACACGCGUCUUGAGAACAUUCCUUGAAGAAGCCAGGAAAGACACACAUAGCACAGCAACAUGUCUGUCAAUUUUACCGUGGGAGUGACCGACGAGAUGAGGAUUUCCAGCAAGGUGUUGAAACCUCCUGGUGGCGGAUCGAGCGACAUUUUCGGUACUGCCGACAGCAAACCAGCAGCAGGCACCAAGUCUAACCACUCUGAUCAUUUUGGAUCCGGCUCGGGAUUUGGCGGUGAUUUGAGCGAUUUGGGCGUGAAAACCUCGUCUGUUGAUUCCAAUGACGGCGCUUCUACUCCGUCUCAGACUUCCACGUCCAACGGAUCGCCCAACAAUUCCGAACCCAACACCCCGCGAUCAGGUACGCCGCUGCUUAACGGGCCGAUUGCCUACACUAACCAACAGCCUUUACCUACACCGGUUGGUCGUCAGCAAGGAAACCGUGCGCGAGGUAAUCCAGUAACGGGCGAGGGUUACAGCGCUGAAGCUGCCGAAAAGAAGGAAGAAACACCGCGACGCGGGCGAGUUCCUCCCGGUGGAUUCUCAUCCAAACUGUGGUAGACCGGAACAAUCCCCCUUUCCAAAUAUCGCUGCGCUGAUUUUUGAAGUCAAAAAAUGAGAUGGACCCGACUUAUUUUUCUUCUUCUCGCUUUUUUCUCCCUUUUCAUUCUUUUUUAUUAGUAUUAUUAUUUUUCUCUUUCUUUCUUCUCUAUUUGGUUUUGUCUGAGAUGGUUUCCGAGUUACGGAGAUGAGCAGAGACACAGGCUAAGAUAACGGUAUCGCCAUAAACAAGGGAAUUAUUAUUUUUUUUUUUUUGCCAGAAUGUUGUGUACUACCCCCCAUCUUUUAUUCUUCUCCUUCAUCUUUCCUCAUUUUCUCAUCCGCGAUUCCCGUUUCCAUUUGCGGAAAGUAAUCGAGAAACGUACGGGAACGAGAGAAGAGACGCUCCAUCUGUCUAACCUGUUGAGAGAACGCGUCAACAUCGAGCGAUGAGAAACACACUCACGACAUAUGUUAUCGCAAGCAAUUUUCACACUCAAUGGAAAAUGGGGAAAUAAAAAACGAACGACAAAUUUGGGAAAUUUAUUACCAUUGCAUUCUUUACUGUUCGCUUCGUGACACUUGUCGCGUGUGUUGUAUUUCGUCUCUGGUGUACAUGUAGCGACUCUCGUCUCGGCUUAAAAGAAAGGAAUAUAAUAUUGGGACCGAAAAACAAAAAAACAUUCCCCCUCGGAAAACAAUUUUUUUAAAUUAAA